GCUGGAAUCUAGCCUAAAAUACUGAUAAACACAUAUCGUUAUUUUUCACAGUAUCAAAUUAGCAUUGACUAAAGUUUCAAGUCAAAAUAUAGUGUAUACACAUACAUUUAUUUACGUUAAAAAUAGAUUCAUACUCCAUGACCGAUUAACAAAAAUUGUUCAUAACCUGACAGCCUUGCGAAGAUGACGGGUCGAGUGAUACCGGAACAAAGGUUCCUGAGUCGUGCCUUUACUUCGCGAGUUGCUCUAGCACUUUUAAUACUGAUAAUUUUCUUCGGAUUCCCGGCUCUCUGCGGGGGCCACGGACAUUCACACGAUGAACCUCCAAGCUUCAAAUACAGCCAAACGGCAAACCAAAAGUUUCACGAAUCCGCUGAUCUCAAUCAUCACCACGAGCCUCAUCAUCAUCAUCACCACCAGCACGACCAUGAAAAACAUCACGCCCACGCUUCCGCAGACUCUCGAACCUCCGACCCUCCUAAGGGUCGAGACUUGGCGUCUCUCUGGAUAAAUGCUGUCGGUUCAACCCUUCUGAUCUCUGCUGCACCGUUCUUAAUUCUGUUUCUGGUUCCAUUGGACAACAGUAAAGAGAAAGAACCUUGGCUGAAAAUGGUCCUGAGCUUCGCCUCUGGGAGUUUACUGGGUGAUGCAUUUUUACAUUUGAUUCCACAUGCUCUUGAACCCCACUCUCAUGCACAUGACGAUUCUCACGCUCAUAGCCAUGUACCACCAGGAGAACACGGACAUGAACAUGGGCAUGAUAUGACUGUUGGCUUAUCAGUUUUACUGGGAAUAAUAACGUUCCUUAUGAUAGAAAAAGGAGUGCGUUUAGUCAAGGGAAAUCAUUCACAUUCUCAUAGUCAUACCGUUCCUGUCAAAGAAAAGAAGCAGACUAAGGCUUCCGACAAAGACAAGUCUGAUGGCAAUGACAACCAAUCGUUGGUAAAGAAAACUGAACUCAUCGAGGACAUCAAGAUUGCUGGGUAUCUGAAUUUGGCUGCUGAUUUUACACACAAUUUUACAGACGGACUCGCUAUCGGUGCGAGCUACUUAGCUGGUAACAAAAUCGGAAUCACCACUACAGUAACUAUUCUGUUUCAUGAGGUGCCUCAUGAGAUUGGAGACUUUGCCAUUCUCAUUCAAAGUGGAGUUAGCAGAAAAAAGGCAAUUUGGCUCCAGCUAAGCACUGCGCUGGGAGCUGUUACAGGAACAUGCGUGUCCUUAUUAGCUGAAGGAAUGGGUGAUUUCGCCACUUCAUGGAUAUUACCGUUCACCGCUGGUGGCUUCAUAUACAUUGCAACUGUGUCUGUAAUUCCUGAACUUUUAUCUGACACCAAAUUUUGGCAGUCGAUUAAGGAGAUUAUUGCCUUGUUAUUCGGUGUUUUUAUAAUGGUGCAAAUAGCAAAGUACGAAUGAAUAGUGAUUGAUACAGUGACCAUGUGCAGUACAUGUAUCUGUGAAAAAUUUUCUUGCAAAUUGUAGAAAAUAUUUUUUUCACGAUAUCAUUUUGAGCUGCUAAUAAUUGUAAACGGAGUAAUGUAAUUAGUGACCAUGAUUUUUCGACUAGCAGCAUGUACUUUUAGAUAAUUUAGCUACAUAAGAUUUUUUGUAGUUUCAUUACUAGAAAGAUUAUUUUUCUUUGUUGAUAUUUUUCAUACUUUACACAUUUUUUUAUAUACGGCUAUACAUCGGGAACAAUUCUUGAAGAUUAUGUGAGUAAAAUUGUUGAGAUUUGUUCGGUAUCAAGAGAUGUGAGUAGUUGCAAAGCUCGCGGAUUUCAACCGUGUAUAAUUUAUUUUUAUAUAACUAUAAGUAGAUUCAGACGUAAUUUAGCUAUGAUGUGAAAACAAAUUCCUGUGCAAUCCAGUUGCUGUAAUAAUUAUUAUAGUCAUUAUUAACUUGAGGAUAUUCACGCAUACAUCACACGACAUUAAAGUUGAACUACAAUAUA